ACCAAGUCACACACACACACACGUCCCCGGGUUGCCAUGGUGAGAAGAUGUCUAUUCUUCGUGGCUCUGUGUUUGGUUGCGGGUCAGGACACGAUCUCCUUUAGCCCAGAAGAGCGACACGGAAAUGAAGAACAAGAACAACAUGUGGAAGUGGACGAUGUGACGUGGACCACCGCACUACUGCUGAUUUCCUUUGUGGUGAUGUCCAUGGGAGCCGUCUAUUUGGUGCAUUCAUCAGAUGUUGAUAUCAGGAAAGAAGGUUGGACCUUGAUUAGCACGACGAUGUCUAUUUUCUGUGCUGCUAGCAUUGACUUUUCCAUUUGCUGGAUGAUGAUCAUUUGUCUAGCAUACGUGACUGGAGAGAAAAUUGACAAACACACGGACACAUGGGAUUUCCAACUGGCUGUUUUUCUUUUUGCCUGCAUCAUCUUCUUGCUUUUGCUCCUGGUGCUUCUCGACCUCAGCCCGGAAGAGAACAUGCACUUUUUGACGGCUGCGACCAGGCUAGGCAGCCGCAUCCUGGCAUUUGCCAGCAUUCUCUUUCUUGGGCAUGUUCAAAAACUGACCUUCUUUAAUCAGUCCUGGUUCGCAGCCUUUCUGGUUCCAUGCUUGGCGCUGUUGUUCUGUAUGCUUGCAUACCCGAUCGCGAUUCUGGCCAAACGCCGCGAACCAGAGUGGUGGACUAGGAAAAAGGAACGAGUGGAUCAUGUGCUGCAGGCGUUGCAGGAGGCCACAGCAAUCAGCGUGGGCUUUCUCCUUUGUCAAGUUGCGUGCUAUGUGCUUAGUGAAUCAGACGUGAACAAAGACAAAUUUAUGCCCAUCAUCGGUGGGCCUCCCGGUCGACACAGACCUUUUUCGACCACGAUCUUUUGGACUUUGGCUUGCAUGCUGCUUUCAUUCUCGGCCAUUUGGACGGUACGACAUCGACGGAUGCACUCACACCGGACCAUGAAGCGCUUUUUGUCCAACCUUGUUGGCCUGGUCACCUCAAAUACAGGAUGUUGGUGCCUCCAACGAGGCGGCUUGAUUCUUUUCUACCAGCUGUGUAGUGACCGAAUGUACGACUACCAGAAGCAUGUGCUAUGCAAAGGAACUGGUCACUGCGAGGACUUCCAGAUCAACCCGGUCAAAGUCACCAACCGGGCGACCAUCACGAAUGCCGCCUUCAUGUCCGUGCUUUCCGUCGUUUGCAUUCUCGUCAUGGAUAAGGUUGCAGACCUUUGCGAAGGCAAGGGCUCGAUGUCUCCUGGGCAACUUCAGAUGGAUCUCGGCGAGGAGCCGUGCGGGUCGCCGUGCGAGCCGCGAGCCUUUCUGCGUGGGGAUCUAGAGUCUGUGGGGUCAGCAUCCAGUGAGAUGGAACUGGAUUUCCAAAGCAUGGCUUCGAGCCUGAGGACGGUCAUGGGGAGUUUCGGUGUCUUGGUGGGAAUUUGUUGGAACAAGGCCUUUGAGACGGCUUAUGCGGUGAUUUUGGAGCACGAUUCAUGGAGCCGCAUGAUGUCCUCCAAUGAAGAGGCAAAACAAUUCUUGGAAGACAAUGAGAUCAAGGUUGGACUGUUGCUGGCCAGUGUGGGCUUUGUAUUGUCCCUCUUCGUCCUACCAGGGUGGUAUUGGUACAUCAUGCCCUUUACCCUGAAGGAGGAAGCAGAGCAUGGUGCUGCCAUCAGCACUGAAUAUCAACAGUUCAAGUUAUUGGAGUUGACCAAACGAAAGUCUGCACACGUGCCAUCUGAAAGUAGCGAAACAGACUCUGCUUGAACUGGAUUGAACAGACUCUGCUUGUCCUGUAGGGCCGGGUUUUGGAACGAGCGGAUCCGGUUGGCGAGAGGUUGAUUGCGCGGCUCC